AUGAAGCUGCUGUCGCUGGUGGUGUUUCUGGCUUGGCCGGUCCGAGCGCUGAUUCACAGAGGAGAUCAUGCCUCGCGGCCGGUGACGCAUCUUCGAUUCCUUUCUCUCAUCGGCAAUGAAGGAUCUGGCCAUCACUCGCUGACUCCUGCUAUCCACGAGAUUCUAGGCAUUGGCGGUGGGCAUGACGAUCACACAAGGAUAUCCGAGCACCGAGCGCAGUCGUUCACCGUGCUGAACGAGACCGAAGAUGAGACACAGGAUGAGGCCGAAAGCCAGGUCUUCAUGUUCGAUGGUGAGGAGUCAGGUCAGCUCCUGAUGGCAUUCCUCGCGCAUGACCCCCACCGCUUCAAGACCGCGUUGAGGAAUUACAAGCACAACACCUUGCUGCAGCAGGAGUACAGCUUUCCGACUGGAUUCCAGAACAGAGAGCCUACCGACAAGAUCUACGACCUCACAAAGCUGUACCAGAUGCUGCAUGAGGCUGGUGUCUCGAGAAAGGCGGUGAUCAAGUAUGACCGCGAUCCAGAAGACCGAGCAGAAUCCAUCUUCCGAAGAUUUCCUUGGCUCUUCAAGCAUGGUCUUGCGGAGUCGAAGAAGAGCCAGCGCGAGUUUGAGAGGAAAAUCGAUGAGCACCUCCAGAACGUGCAGAAGAUGCAUGUUCCUGUUUUGAGGGUCAGCAUGAACGAGCUGAACCGCACCUGCCCGGUGUUUGUUCACAAGGUUUCUGGGUUCCUCAAGGAGCAUGACAUGAUCCCACGCGAUCGAAGCCAGCAGCACAUGGUGAAUCUGGUUUGCAAGUAG